UGAGGGCUUCCCAGUCGACUUUGUUCAGACUGUCCACUACAUACCAUUCUUGUCAAGCACUUAAAAAAUAUGGCAGAAGUCGCCGCAGGCUUAUAUGCCGUGGAAACGGUCUUCGAGGGAGCGGCUCUAGGCGCGUUCGCAGUAUCUCGACCUACUGCUCCAUUACAUCUCGGCUUUCGCAAGCUCUCCUUGCCAGUCGAAAUUGGUGACCAACUGGCUCGAUCGGGGCACACCUUCAAUAUUGUGAAGGGCAAGGCGUAUAUAAUUGGCGGCUAUUCCGACUCCAACCUUUCUUCCGCUUCACUGCGGCUUGAGAAGAACCAGACUCCAGGGGACAACGCCGUCCUUGCCUUGACCUUGCCGGUUGCAUCUUCUACAGAUGGUGAAGGUGAUGUAUCGCCCUGCGACUACGAGGUCAUAAGCCCCACGUACAAGGACGCCGGUCGCCCGCUUGCGCCACAGUCGGGGACAGCUCAAUCCGAAGUCAUCACUCGCUCCCAAUGUCUUCUCAGGAGGACAGGACACUCGACAGUUGCUGUUGGCGAUAAGCUAUACAUCUGGGGCGGCAACGCCACAUCAGAUGUGCCUGCCGAAGACUUCGCCAACCACUUCGUCGUCUUCGAUACCUUGACCAGCACAUAUGAGCUCCUCAAGGUCGAUAUCUCCCGUUGUGCCGACGGCAUGCCAUCCCCUCGAACAAAUCAUGCAGCAUGUUCGUCUCCCCAUCCAAUACCCAACCGGCCUCGCGAAGGAAUCAGACCGCAUGGCGAAGGCACCAUCUUCAUCCACGGCGGCGCCUUGAGUGACGAAGAUCAAAGCCCGCUGAGAGACACAUGGGCACUCGACAUUGGGACGCGCGUGUGGACCCGACUGCCGGAUAUCCCAGCGCCUGGACCUUCUGAAGUAGCCAACGAAGGCAGAUUGGCGUUUAUAGAUGGCCGACUAUGGCGGCUGGGCGACGGGUUCGGACGAGUCAUGUUCCUGGACGUUGAAGAUAGCGAUCGCUUUUCGGGCGCCGAUUCCGUUAAAUGGCAGGUCAUCGAGUUCGGGACAGACGCCACGCAUCAGGAUGGCGCAACCGAAGGUCCAAAACCUACCCCGGGCACUGGUGAUGCAUUAUCCCUUCCCAUUCCCCGCAUCUCUGCCAAUGUCCUCCCCGUAACAACCGGGUCCGGUAGGCAAUACCUGCUGUAUUUCAUGGGCCGGGAACUCAAGACGGGCGUGCUCAAUGAUUUUUGGUCUUUCCAAAUCCCUUCCAAGGAGAACACCGCAGCCAGUUUGAAAGACUCCAUUCGUGACGCGGUGGCAAGUCGAGGGAUGGAGUUGUGGAGUUCGGGGAAGUUCCGUUGGGCAAGGUGCGAGAUUGAGACUGAAGUUGGUGUUGACGAAGACGACAUGGAGAAGAGAGAGGGGAAGGACAGCAAAGAGAAGAGCACGGCAACAUGGCAGGAAGGAGCAGGCCUUCAUUCAUUUGCUAGUGAUGUCUGGAGCGAUCAGGGCGGGAAUGUGUUCGUGAUUUGGGGAGUAAAGAGAGGAGAAGGAGGCCGUGCAGUUGUUCAGGGGUGGUUUGUUACAGUCAACUGAAGGGGAGAAGAGCUCUCUUACAAGCUGACUUCAACAACGCUGACUGCCAACAUCUCGCAACACACCUGUCAGGCAGCGGAUCCGCUACUCUUUCUCGAUAACUUGCCCUCCCAAUUCCUUCUCGCCGCUAACAGGAAUUUCUACCUGUGCAGCACGGAUACUGGCGGCAGCAAUCGGGCUGAACAUGAGGUUGAUCUCCUCCAACGUCUUGUCUUUCGUCUCCUCCAUCAGAAAAUACGCUGUAAAGGAAUCAGCAUUUUGCCCACACCACGCUGCAUAGUCCCUGCUCUUCUAGAGGGCUCUUAUAGAGGAAAAACUUACCGUAUGGGAAAGCAAGGGCGUUGAAGAUGAUGUAGAGAAUGAAUAUCUUGUACCCUGUUGCC